AUGAAGAAUAAUGAGGAAGAUAUUAUUUUGAAGGAGUUGUGUGAUGCCAACGGAUUAAAUAUUGAAACUGUUCGAGCGAAUGCUGAGCAAUAUGUAGAUGCCUUAGAAAUAUUUUUCUCUGGCUAUCCGCGUAUGAUUAGUCUCAAAUGGUUUCCAAAUUUAUCUAAACUUGUUAUUGUUAAUCAAAUCGUUGAAAAUAUUGAAUAUUUAGAAACGUGUAUUCAUUUAAGAGAAUUAUGGAUUACAGAAUGCAAAUUAAAACAAAUUCAAGGUUUGCAUCGUUGUACAUCCUUAGAACGACUAUAUUUGUAUGCAAAUUCAAUAAAAAAAAUAGAAAAUUUAGAGAAUUUAACGCGGUUAGAAUAUUUGUGGUUAAAUGAAAAUUCUAUAAGUGUAAUCGAGGGUUUGUCAAAAGCUAAAUGUCUCAGAGAACUAAAUCUUGCUUCAAAUCAAAUCAAAUAUAUUGGAACAUCACUGAUUGAGAACAUUGAUCUUGAAGUAUUAAAUUUAGCCGAUAAUAAAAUAACAUCAUUUCAAGAUAUAACAGCUUUGACAUUGUUACCAAAACUUCGUAAUGUUUCAUUUCGUGAUCCAUCUUAUGGUUCAAAUCCCGUAUCAUCAAUGGCUAAUUAUCAUGUUCAUAUGCUCUAUCAUUUACCGAUGUUGGAAUAUCUUGAUAGUUUACAUAUUUCAUCAAGACAAGUGGCUGAACAAGCUGAAGCUACUGUUACAAAGAAGAAGAUGUGGUAUCAUAUGAAAUCCAAAACACUUGAACGUGAAUAUAAUGAAUUUUAUCAUCGUUUAAAACAGUUAAGAAAAAAGAAUGAACAUAUACCCGAAGAACGUAUUCGAAUAUUAACAAAAUAUGUACAAGCAUUAAGACAAGAAUUAAGUUUUCUUUUAUGUCAACCAGAUUCGGGAAAUCAGAAUGAUCAACAUGUAUUAAAUGAUGCAUAUGAUAAAAAGAUUGCAACUAUUCAACAACGAUUAGUAUUUUGGCAUAAUGUAUUGAAUCAUUUAUCAAUGCAAAAUGAAACAGCAGUAAAUAUAUUAAAUUAUCAAAAAGAACAAUUAGCUUUUCGUAUACAAUUAGAAUUAAUUAGUGGUGGAAAUAUUCGAUUUGAAGAAGGUAACAUUGUUAAUGAUAUUUGGUAUAAUGCUUGUAAAGAUUUAUUAUUAUCAAGAUUUUGUUCAGCCAUUUAUGGACGUUAUAGUAUAAAUGGAAUAAAAGUUCAUCGAAUAACAAGAUUAUUUAAUCGACCAAAAAAACUUCAAUUUGAUAGUGCUCUCGAUUGGUUACUCUCAGAAGAAGAUGAUUCAGCAAAAGCAAGAUCGAUUCAAUCAAAACUUGAAUAUUUAUUUUAUUGUUGGCAUCCACAAUUAAAAGAAAAAUGUCACAAACAACAUUUACGAAGUAUUGAAUCAAUAUAUGAACAUGGAUUUCCGAAUGCUGAGAUGUACAAGAAUGCUGGUCAAGAAGAAGCAUUAACAUUUUCGAAUUCAUUGGCUGUUAGCGAUUAUUUUCGCAUUGAAAAUAUUGGAGCACAUAAUCGAGAUGAAUAUCGUUUUGGUAGCGUUAUUUUAGCCAAAGUUUAUACUGGUUCAUGCACUAUGGCACCAACAAAAGAACUACCAUUUCCCGAUUAUAAACCAGAUUCAAGUAUUACACAAAAAAAUUUUCCAAAUUGUUCAAGUGUCUGUCGUACAGUGACAUUUCCAGAUAAAACUUUAAUCAAAUCAGGUUAUUGUGAUUGUUCUGCUCAACAAAAACAAUGGUUUCUAUUCGAUAAUUCUCAUGCCUAUGCUGAAUAUGUUAUCGAAUUUGAAUAUUUAUUUUCUAUUUCAACUAGUACUCUCAUCGAUCAAUUGAGUCGAAUAAAACCGGAUACGAUCAAUAAUAUUCUAACGUAUGAUGAUCCAAUUUAUAAUGAUGAGAUAAGCAAAGAUAUAUCUGUUUUACCACAUGAUGAUGAAUUUUUACCAAAAAUUAAUGGAAAUGAACAAUUAACAGAAGAUUUUCUAUUAAAAUUGACAAAUCAAUCAAAUAUUAUAAAUAUAACAGAAUUAAAUUUACAUGGUUGUCAUUUAACAUCGAUUAAACAAUUACAUAAUUUAAAAAAUUUACGAACAUUAAAUAUUUCAUUUAAUGAAUUGUCAAAAAUAGACGAAUUAAAUUAUUUUUAUGCAUUAGAAUCAAUUGAUGUAAGCUAUAAUAAAGUGACAACGUUUGAUGGAAUUAAGGGUCUAACACAAAUGACAACAUUGAUAGCUAGUUAUAAUCAUUUAACAAAAUCUGUUGAAGAAAUCCAAAUUUUAAAACGAUAUUUUCCUAGCGUUCAACAUCUUGAUCUUAGGGGAAAUCCAUUUGAAAAAACUGAUCAUUUACGUUCUCGAACACUUGCUAUAUUACCAACAUUAAUGUCAAUAGAUGGAACUUAUGUAACAGCUGCUGAACGUGAAGUAGCUCGAAAAUGUCUACCAGACAUUGCUUGUUCACAUGAAAAUGUGGCUAAACAUAGUCGAACAUAUAUUUAUCGACCGAGAGAUUUACGAUGUCAUUCAAUAGCAAAAUAUUAUGAUGUUCAUUCAACAGAUAUUUUUAAUGUUCAUCAACCUAGUACAGAUGAUCCCUAUUGGAUGUCUAAGGUUACUAGCUUAUGUUUAGACAAUGUGUGUUUAUCUAAAUUACCAAAUUUAUCAAAUAUGAUAUGUUUAAAAUGGGCAUCAUUUAACAAUAAUUGUUUAACGAAAUUGAGGGGUUUAGAACAAUCAAUCAAAUUAGAAGAACUUUCAGUAGAAAAUAAUUUUCUAACUCUGUUAGAAGGUAUAGAAAAUUUAUCAAAUUUAAGAAAAUUAAAUAUUUCAAAAAAUGAAAUUACAGAAUUUGAUGGACAAAUUCUCAGUAAUCUCACACGUUUAUCUUAUUUAUCAAUGGAUCAAAAUCGUUUUCAUAGUCUAGCAAAAUUAGGCCGAUGUACAUCAUUAAUUGAACUUUAUGCUGGAAAUAAUUUAAUUAAAAAUAUUCGAGAUAUAUUUUAUCUAAAGCCUUUACCUAAUUUAUUAAUACUCGAUCUUUGGGGUAAUCUAAUUUGUCAUGAAGCUGAAAAAUAUCGUUUAUUUGUUAUAUAUCAUUUAAAAUCUUUACGUGCAUUUGAUGGUUAUGCUGUUGAAAUACAAGAAAGUGGUGAAGCUCGUGAAACAUUUGGUGGUAAAUUAACAGCUGAUUUUAUUGUGGAAAAAAUGGGUCAUACAAGUUUGAAUGAUUUGAAACAAUUAGAAUUACCUCAAUGUGCCAUACGUGGAGUUGAUUUAGGACAAUCAUUUCUUUCAUUAAAAUGUAUAAAUUUAGAACAUAAUCAAUUGACAAAUUUUUCCGGUUUAAUCUAUUUAAUUAAUUUAAAGGUUUUGUGUUUAAAUUAUAAUCGAAUUGAAAGUAUACUUCCACGAGUCAACAAAUCAAAAGUGGAUAGUAAAGGAAAGCCUAUAUUAGAAGCAACAGAUACACGUACAGUAUUGGAAAAUUUAGAAGUGUUACAUCUCGCGUGA